AGUCUGAAACAAUGAUGCGGUCGGAGAGAAUCGGAUAUUUCUUAUUGGUCGUGCACCUUGCCUUUUGCAUUAUCGUUGCCGCGGGAAAAACGGGAAAAACAAAAACAUCAGUGAGAAAUGCCAGGAAGGGUUUUAUACCCCGCAACUACGAUGUUGGAGGCAAUAUCAACAGUAGAAUAAAAUCCUCGAACUUGGCUGUCAGCGCGAUGACUGGGAACCGUCUGUUAAUCACACUGAACAGAAAAAGGCCUCAAACGCGUUGGUACAUUUCUAACUGUUGCGGUGCUCCGUAUUCGGCUCGAACAUGCAACUCCUCAUCUUUGGGCGGAAAAGUAAAUUAUCCAGAUUACGAAAGCGACUCAGACCAGCCACCGUCUGCGACAAAGAGCUCAUCCGCUGGAAACGGAGAAGUCUCUUCAACGCUGGAAGAUUCAACUGAGCCAAACACUAAUACUGAAGUUAGUCCCGACGCAUCUGUGAUCGACGAAGGGUCGAUCACGACGGAGGGAGACCCAGGUGCUGUUGAUGGUAUUAGCGCAACAGCUAAUGACGAGUCGACCAGCGAGACUACCACCACUGUUUCUGAAACCAAAACCGAUUGUCCAGUGCAAACAUGUCCACCAAAUCCGUGCGAACAAAACCCAGCUUUGAUGAUGGCGGCAGCUGCGGGAAUGUUGCCUGCCAACGUGGGCUCCAUGGUGCAAGUUUGUGAAAAGCAAUAUGUUUUUGCUCAGCAAACGGGCAAUAUCGCUGAUGCCAACAAGGCUUGUUGCGCUCUGGGCAAGAAAUUGGCUUCCCUUGAAACUCAGGUGGAGAUGAAAUGUUUGGCGGACUUCGCCAAAGCAAACACGACCAGCACGAAAUAUUGGGUUAGCGGGCUCGACUUUGGAUGCCAGGGGAACUACAAGUGGUGCGGCCCUGACUUGGCGUUCGACUCGAAUGAGAAACUGUGGUUGGCAGAUCAGCCUGUUAAAUCGGCAAACACCACCUGCGUUGCAGCAAAUUUGGAUCCGGCCAGUUUAGGCUUGUCAAACGAAAAUUGCGAACUCAAAAUAGGCUUUAUCUGCGAAUAAGGCAUCCGUCUUUGUCAAAUAUUGCUUAUUAGGAAGGAA